GUAAGGCCUUGUUGACCUUGGGAGAUGGAGGUUGCUGGCAGUUGUUCCAGCAUGACUUUCUGUUGUCCCAAGGAGAGUAGAGGUGCAGGAAGUUCUUGUGCUGAGGUUUGGAAAUUUGGCAGGGAGCCAGCUUCAAACCACAACAGAGCCAUACACCAAAACAUAAUUAUCAGACCCAUAGGUCACAAUGUUUGGGCAAGUUACGAUCACACCAAGAAAAAGUGGCAGUCAGUCAACACUGAGGCGUGUAUUCCUAAAGGACAGUUAGGAUAUAUCUGUGAAAAUGCUGUAGUAGGAAAUGAAGAUUUAUGCUUAGAUACUGAAGAUAGCGCGUGUACCUUUGAGAUGCUUCCCCAUACUAAAACCCAAUCACAAGUCUAUUACGUAGGAAAUGGAUGUGCAUGUGUUAGAACCUUUUGUGUUAAUUUUACCAUAGAUACUUGUCAUGAAGUAGUGAAUGAUACUAAUUUUUGUGUUUGUAAUUUUACUAAAAUAAUAGGCUGUGAUUUUAACUAUACAAUUCCAAUAACUACUGAGCAAUUAAUUGAAAAUGAUUAUUUGUUGUAUCAUGAUAGGGAUACGAAUAGGGAAAGAUAUAAGUCUUUCCAAAAGAUGUUUGAACACCUGGAUAUAGAAAAGAUGGUGCAAGAGGCAAAUAAAACACAAAGGUAGAGCAAGUAGGAGAACAUCAUUGGUGGGACAUCUUUGCAGGGUAUUCCCCCACAUCAACACAAAUGUUUCACUAUUUGAUAUAUUCAAUGUUAGUCCUAGUAGUACAUAUGGUAGUAACUAUAUAUAUACAUAUAGUAGUAACUAUAAUUCUGCUAUCCCUCUUAAAUGUUUGGCUGUGAUACAGAUUGAGUACCAUAGUCAAAAUAAUGCAGAUAAUGUGGGCAAUGAUAAAAAUCUACCAAAACUCUUUGCCCUUGAAACUUGACGAAAGAAUUCAAAAGUCAAAAGAAAAGGGGGGAACUGAAACAGGAGUCAGGCCUAAAAGAGUUAACUGAGAUAUCUUGGCCUGUUAAGAAACCCCAAUACCUGUUUUGCUAGAAGAACGUUUUAGGAGCACUGGUUAAUAUCAUGUUCUGUUCUGCUCACUGAACCAAAGGCCUUAUUAUAGAAAGAACAGGAGUAGUACACACACAGUAAUAAAUUAGGUAAACUAGACGUUUGAGUAAGACCUAGAAGGCCUAGAGCCAGGAUUUCGCAAGCUUGAAGAAUUCAAGUCACCCAGCUGAAGAGGUCAAAUUGAGGAAGACGUCCAUGGUGACCACCAGAGGGAUGAAAGCUUGAGGAGAAGACCCCCACAGCAGGAGAAGACUGCGCAUGUCUGGAAAGACUCCGCCCACAGACUAGCCUACAUAUUAAUAUGUAUAAUA